UGGACUCAUAUUUUAGGCACACACGCUAUGGGAGAGAAGUUUGCAAGAGCAGCUGAAGUUCCGUGUGCGGCUUCGAGGAUGGAGACUUUGGACUCGAGUCACCGGAUGAGAGCUUCAACUGGGCGUCUUAAACACUCUUAAAACAAACUACAGCUACGAAUGGAAACAUGCUAAUCUACGUUUGCUACAAACUCGCGUCAAAGACAGCGGCAUCGCUUCAUGCUAGCGCGCACCAAGUAGCAAUGAAAUGACAUUGACGUUGUGAGUGAAAAUAUCAACACAGCGAGCGAGGAAGACGAUGUCAUGUAGCACUAGAUAAACUACCUCUGGCCUUCGACAUUUCGUGAUACAGAGACUACUGUUGUCAACAAACUAACCGUGUUGUUGUCCCUGCUGCCUCGUCCGGAUUAGUUGUCUCCCUGUUUGACUGAAAACAGAGGAGGGACCAUGGCGUUACUGUGUGUUCGCAUUUUAAGGGGCAAUGGCUUCGCCUCCGUCUCCGCACACCUGACACGAAGCUUUCAAGCAGCCGGACACACUGUGAGGAAGACACACAACAACAGCCUGCUAAGAGUCACAGACACUGUUGAGCUCCGCCUCAGAGCCGCUCCGUGUGGAAGACGUCUUUUCUCUGGGGAAAAAGCGAAGACAGUGUGUUUCCCAGCGAGAGCUCCUAAAAACAUUUCACCUCUUCGUCCUGCUGCUGUCCUGACUCAGUGCGGCUACCAGCUCCACACCUCAGCUCCGCUCAGGGCCGUCCCUGCACCUCUCCUAUGGCUGGUGCUCAAACCUCUGCAGAAACUUAUGGCUAUUAUACUUGGAAGGAGCAUAAGGAAGUGGUGGGUGGCACUACCACCCAACCGCCGGCAGCUCAUGCGUGAAGCCGCCUGGCGGUACCGCUGGCAGCUGGUGGCAGUGGCAGCUGUUGCUACGGUGAUUGUAGCUCUGUUCCUCCUCACCCACCUGGAUGAAUCCCCCGUGACUGGACGGACACGCCUCCUGGUGUUCAGCAGGGAGAACUACAUGGAGCUGGCAGCCCUGAGUGCAGAAGGGUAUAUGGAAAAGUUUGCAGAGCUGCUGGUUCCAGAGAGUGACCCCCGACACCAGGUGGUGGAGCGGGUGGUGCAGCACCUGGCGCAGAGGAACAAGGACAUCCCCGAAAUGUCCUCUGUCACCUGGAGUGUCCAUGUGGUUCAGAGUCCCACCAUCAACGCCUUUGUCCUGCCUAAUGGGGAGGUGUUCAUGUUUACUGGGAUGCUGGAAGCUGUGGCAGAUGUUCACCAGCUCACCUUCAUCCUGGGGCACGAGAUGGCCCACGCUCUCAUGGGACACUCUGCAGAACAGGCCAGUCUGUCCCAUGUGGUGGACUUCCUGUCCCUCAUCCUGCUGACAGCCAUCUGGGCCGUGUGUCCCCGGGACAGCCUGGCCUUGCUUGGACAGUGGAUACAGAGCAAGCUGGUACAGCUGAUGUUCAGUCGUCCCUACAGCAGGAAACUGGAGGCUGAAGCUGACCAAGUUGGAUUACAGCUGGCUGCUAAGGCGUGUGCAGAUGUGCGAGCGGGCCCAGUGUUCUGGCAGCAAAUGGAAGUCACAGACCAGCUGAGAGGAGAGCUCGCCAUCCCUGAGUUUUUGUCCACACACCCAUCACACAGAAACAGAGUCUCACAGCUGGACCGCCUCGUACCACAGGCUCUGGAGUUGCGGGAGAGCUGUGCCUGCCCUGCUCUUCCUUCUACAGACCCUCGUGCCGUCUUCUCCAAAAGUGUCCGUGUGUUGCUGGACAGCGUUAAGGAUCGGGGGAGGGAGGGGAGCGAGGGGACACUCAAGCCUCUCCCCUGCGGUCCUGCCACAGCCCCCGAGGGACUGGCCACUGCUCUCCUGCCCCAGUCGACUGCAGCUUCAGCCCCAAACAUGAAUGUAGAUAUCCCAGUCGCAGCCUCAGAGUCAGCUCCAGCAGCCUCAGAUCCUGGCCCGGCUGAGGGCAGAAAGACACCAGCUCAGGGUGCUCAGCCUCACCUGGCAGGGGUCUUUGGUCCACAAGAGGCUUCUAGUUGCUGAAGAGACUUUUUUCAUUCUUGUCCAUUAAAUUUCCAAACUCAUUCUAACCUUUCCCUUUUCUGUUGCACAACAAACUGUACUUUGUUUUUUUGCGAUAGCUGAGUGUUUUUGAAUAAGUAUUCAGAGGCUGUUAUGGAUGCCUAGUGACUGCAAAGAUGCCACAUUAACAUGUGGAUAAUUAGAUGACCUCGAAUGGGGAAACGCUGAAUUAAUUAGUAAAGCAUCCAUACAUUGCAAUAUUAACAUGUGCAUUAUUUAUCAAAAGACAGCAACAGACAAGAGCAAGUGUUUUGUGCGUGCGUGUGUGUGUGUGUGUACAUGCGUGUUGCCUCUGUUCAGAGGAUAUCUACAUUCUCGGUGAGACUGCUGCAUUCUCAUGCCACACACAGCUUAUGCAUUCUGUAGCCUGGGUGACUUAAUGGUGUAAAUUUAUGCUGGGUUGUUUACAAAUUUCAAAAAACAGUCCUCUACUUAGGAAUGCCAGUAUCCACCAUCAAGCUUAGAUAAAUCUCUCAUAGGAUUUAAAUAAAAAAAAACUUAUUUAACUAAGCAAGAUGACAGAGAAAAACAUUCUUAUUUACAGCUACAGCCUGGGGGAGCAGUUGCACUUGGAAGAGUGGAGGGUGGAUAUGGGUGAUAUCUUGGCAAUCUUUUGUGUGUGUGUGUGUUUGUGUACUGAAACAAGUAGCCCACGUUGUUGUACUGUGAGAUAAAAAGGGUACCCUUAUGAUAUAAUGUGGGAUGGUAUGAUAAAUUAUUUUUGUUUGUGUCAUGCACUCUGUAUGCCGAGCCUGUAGCAGCUUACAAAAUAAUCAUCAGUCUUGAUAACUUGUCAUAAUCAAGCAGUCUUAUGACAGUCUAAACAUUUGUAUUGAACUUUAGCUCACUGUAAGAGAGAGAGGCCUGUUUUAGAGACAUUAAGUGGACAGUGUUCACAGUUCUGUGUGAAGCCAAGUGAUGAGAAGCCAAAGAGAAUAUUUUUUUACAUACCGGGAAGCCAGCAGAUAGGUGCUGUGUUUGUAACAACCAGGAAAUAAAUGUUUUGGAA